AUGGCUUUGCCUUUUCUGCGAGGUGCACAGUUUCUCCGGCCGGUCCACCAUGGAGCGCGACCUGUAUAUAAGUACGGCCUACCAGACUCCAUUCUCAGAACCAACCAACAGGGCGACCCAGCUCAAUUAUCUCAUCCAGCCCGACUACUCAGCUACCGCCUCCCCAGUCUCCAGCUCCUCCAACCUUGCUCGAUCCUUGAUCGAUACCUCUACAUGGCGAAGGUUCACCCUAACAUGGUGCCCGCGCCGGGCGCCGUCGACCAGGCGCCGUGCGCGCCGGCCAGCUCCACUGAGGAGCCGACGACGCUGACGGUGUGGCGCAAGUCGCUGCUGUUCGACUGCAAGGGGUUCACGGUGUUCGACGCCAAGGGCAACCUGGCCUACCGCGUCGACAGCUACGCCUCCGAGAGCGGUGACGAGGUCGUCCUCAUGGACGCCGCCGGCCGCCCCGCCUUCACCGUCCGCCGCAAGCGGUUCACCCUGCAGGGCGAGCAGUGGCUCGUCUUCUCCGGCGAGGAGACGCGGAAGCCCGUGUACACAGUCAGGCGCAGCGGCCGCGGCAAGACGUCGGCCCACGUGACGGCGUGCGCGGGCGCCGGAGCCGGGCCGUCGUACGAGGUAGAAGGGUCGUACGCGCGGCGGAGCUGCGUGGUGUACGACGGCGAGCGGCGCGCGGUGGCGGAGAUCAGGCCCAAGGAGGUGGUCGGCACAGACGUUUUCCGGCUGGUCGUGCAGCCCGGAGUCGGCGUGUCGCUGGCCAUGGCCGUGGUGGUGGCGCUCGAGCAGAUGUUCGCCAGGCCGUCGCUGCUCAGGAGCUGGUCCACCAUAGAUUAG